AUGGAUCGUCCUUUUAUUCGUUUGGCUCCAAUUAAAGUCGAAAUUAUUCAUUUCGAGCCAUUAGUUGUUAUAUUUCGUAAUGUUAUGUCCGAUGAAGAAAUUAAAACAUUAAUAAACAUUUCAUUACCAAGUUUGCAUAGAUCUGUGGUUCAAAACUCUUCGACUGGUGGACAAAUGAUAGCCAGCUAUCGGAUAAGCAAGAAGUUUUUUAAAUAA